AUGGUUGGCAAGGACUAUUCUGCUUGGUAUUGGAGAUAUAUUCCACAUGAAAGGGUGGUUGAAGAUUGGGCUGAAGAUGACAAGUCCAUAAGUUCAGCAUUCGAAGAAUUGGAGUAUAGAGAUGAAGCAGAUCGUAAAUGGUGGAAAUUCUUUGAUGAAUAUGAAUAUCGUUAUAACAAGCAAACAAGAUCACAGAAAUCGUGGUGGAGAUUCUUUGAUAAAAAUGCUUCGAGUGCUGAGAAGAAACUAGUUAUUAAAUUAGAUCUUUUGAUUGUUACUUUUGCUAUUAUGUCUUAUUGGUCAAAGAAUUUGGAUCAAGCUAACAUCAGUAACGCUUAUGUUUCUGGUAUGAAAGAAGAUUUAAACAUGCAAGGUAAUGAUUAUUCUAAUGCUCAAGCCUUGUUUCAAGCUGGUACUGUCAUUUUCCAAAUUGUUUUUAUGUAUCUAUUUCCAAGAGUUCCACUUCAUCUUUUAUUCUUUGGUGGUGAUUUAAUAUGGAGUGCUGUUACAUUUGCUACUGCUUUUAUCCAUACACCUCAACAAUUGAAUGUUUGUAGAUUCUUUGUUGGUGCAGGAGAGUCUGGUUAUUUCAUUGGUAUGCAUUAUUUACUUGGGAGUUGGUAUAAAGCCGAUGAAUUAGGUCGCAGAGGUGGGUUGUUCUACUGUGGACAAAUGCUUGGUACACUUACAUCGGGGCUACUGCAAGCUACUAUUUUUCAAAAUUUAGAUGGUGUUCAUGGAAGAUCUGGUUGGAGAUGGAUGUUCUUAGUUGAUGGUUUGGCUACCUGUACAAUUGCCUUCUUUGCUCUUUAUUUAGUUCCUGGUACACCUGAAAGUUGUUGUUCAUUAUUCUUGACCGAUGACGAUAUUAGAUUAGCUCGUUACAGAUUGAAAAAAGCCAAUGUCACACCUCCAUCAAAAGACCCACCACCAUUCUUCAACAAAAAAUUAUGGAUAAAGGUCUUAUUAGAUUGGAGAAUUUAUGUUCUUGGAGUUUUGGACUAUCUAUUCUGGAACGCGGUCAAUACAGGGUUUUCAAAUUUUGCUCUUUGGCUUAAAUCUUUGAAAAGAUACAAUACUCCUCAUUUAAACAGGUUGACUUCAAUUCCUCCUGCUUUGGGGAUUGUUUGGAUUUUAUUAGUUUGUGGCUCUGCAGAUAUUUUAAAGUCAAGAGCCUUUGCGAUAUUUUGGGCAGAAAUUUUUGUCUUAAUGGGUAACAUCAUUCUUGCUAAAUGGGAUGUGGCAGAAUCAGCUAUAUGGUAUGCUUUCAUGAUCAGUUAUUUCGGUAUUUCAGUGUCAUCAGUCAUUUAUGGUUGGUUGAAUGAUAUCAUGAGAUAUAAUGCCCAAGAAAGAUCAAUUGUUCUAUGUGCUGUUAAUAUUUUUGCUAACCAGUCUACAGCUUGGACCUUGCCAUUAGUCUUUAAAACUUCAACAGCACCUCGUUAUCACCAAGGUUAUGUGUUUGUUGCGGGUCAUAGUGCUGCGUUGAUGGUUUGGAGUUAUGUUACACUCUUUUUCUACAAAAGACAAGAGAGAAAGGAUGCUAGAUCAAACGGUAUUGUUUUGUAUAACUCUAAAACUGGUGAUAUCCCCGUUGAGGUCAAAAAGCACUUGGAUAAUGCGUCAUCAUCUGUGUCAAUAAAUUCUCAAGAAUUCGCGAAUUUGAUAACGAGGAAAAACUUUGCUGAGAUUUGA